UGUUUGUUUGUCUGGACAGAGUAGAUUGACAGCAGGUGGUGGGGGAAGAUUGACAGGCAGGAUGGUAGGAGGUCAAAAGGUCAGACUCAGGAAAUGGGGUAAAGAACUCAGAAUCUGGCCAGGAGCCAGUAGAAUUAAGGGCCGACUUGGGGGAAUUCAGGAAGCCGAGGAUUCCAAAUUGGCCUGAUUUGCAUAAUAUACCAGGGUUCACCUUUAGAUAGUUGCAACCACCACACACCACAAAUAUCUUAACAUUUAAGUCAAUUUCCCACAAAAAAAGUACACGGUAUCUAGACGUACAUAAAUGGAAAUACAUGGGCAUAGACGGAUGAAUCCUAGAACAACAGUCUUAGCCACUUUAGUGUAGUCUUUGAUACCUAAUACAGUCAAGGGCGCUCUUUUCUAACCCUCUUGGUACAGUCAAAAGCGGCCUGCAACGUUGUCAAAAACGUGCAAUUGUUUUAUGUAGAGCACGUAACACAAAUAUGAACAAAUCUAUCCACAUGGGACAACUUUAACAGGUGUUACGUCACUUCCUGUUUACAACACACAAACAGACGGAAGUUGUCUGAGAUCGCAAUCGGGUUAUUUCAGGUCAUGACGUAUUUUUCCUUAUCGCUGUGGGAAAAACAACUACUAUGGACAAUAACAAGCAAUUAACCUAAGGCGUACUUUCCCUUUUAUGACGGCUAUUCUCUAAUCAAGUUUACUUAAGCUUCAACGUGGAUGGCUUUGUACGUGAAGUAGUGGUGACGCAGUGAGCCGCAAUAAAAGCUUCAGAGUGGAACGCACAGGUAUUGUUUACUUUAACACAAAGCAGAGAACGUGAUUUGAGCUAUUACAUAUUAACUCAUUCUUAUCAGACGAGUAAAGCCCGCCAAAACAAACGCUAUAUUAAAGGCAUCCAAUGCGAUUUCAGGCCAGCAAAAUUGGAAAUAUUCUGAAUAAGAAAAUCUUAUGUGAAGUUGAUACAUACUUGUUCACAUUAGCACAUUUGAGUCAGUAUUUCAUACUUUGGACUUUUAAAACUGCAGAAACAAGCCACAAGAUGAGUCCUUUUAUUUUUCUAGGUGAUAUCCUAAAAAGAAGGCAACGAAAUUUUAAUUUUUAACAUCAGGCGAAAAUUAAUGCGCGCCCUGAUGUCAUCCAUAAAAAUUACUUGCUGUGGCCUUACAGAAGAAAGACAGACAGCUACUGGAUGGUACAAACUGUUCAAGAUCAGGAUUCUAGACUGUAUAACAAACCAUAGUGGGAAACAUGCCGGAAGUUUACUUUCCACAUAAAGUGUGCACUGUCAAUCCGUGCAUGUCGCCUUGUCGUACCACAUGUAAAUAUAUAUGUCUACGUACUUUAUAGUCAACUCUGUACGGUACAGGUGCCAGCAGCUGGUACAUAGGAGACAAGUGAACAACAGGAAGCCGGCAUGAUCUGUUAUCUUGUACUGUCAACUUUCAAACAUUCCGUGUGCCUUUUCCACUGUCAACUGUACUAUAAAACGUAAUUAUGACCAAUUUUAUAAUGCUUAGUAUAUUCUGAUAUAUGUCUGUCUUUACCCUUAGAAAAGUCAUUUGAAUUGCUGUUAGCAAAAUAACGGAAUGUUGGCAGAAUCCAGUGUUAAGGCGAGAUGCCGUUCAUCGUAACUUUCUUUGCCGUAAGAUUAUUAGCGAAGCUGUGACAAAACCAACCGUCGGCAAGGAUCUGCAUUUUCCAUUACAAGACAGCUGCAUUUUGUGCGAGACAGACACGACUGUCCUACGAAUGCCCCCAAUCAAUUAGCUGUCAUACAUCCGCUGUAGAACAUAUGCAACAAUGGGACCAAUUUCAAGCUUUUACGGCUCACUAUUUAAACGUUUUAUACCUGCUCAGCAUCCAUUACUUUGUACAUGCCCUAGCUUCCUGUGUCGCCGUGCACGGUGUUUACCGGAUCAAUGUUUGAUAACGCCUUACCCAAACACAGGCCACCUGACCUGUACAUACACACGGUUAUACAGGCCAGCUCGCGUGCAGAAGUUUAUUACUACAUUAGCUCGACUCACGGGCAAGGACCCGGUGUUUGCCACCACACUUACAGUAACGGACGGUAGAGUGAAACUGUGAGAGGAGGAGUCAACAUAGGACGGGACUUCAGACCACGGCCUUGUCUCAUAUCGCUUACAGGCUCGUGACGUGAAGUUUUACACAGUCGUCUGUCAGCUACCGUCAGCGGAGGCCACCCUCUACACCAGAAGGCCGACUAUGGACGCCUACGACUUCUACUACGCGCGCACUACCACCAAAGACCCCGUCUCUACUCCAAGCGCUAACGCCACAGCGCAGGUCGCCGUCGAGAACACCACAGCGUUAGUCUUACUGUGUCUCCUCAGCGUGUUUACCGUCAUAAGUAACGGGCUGGUUCUCAUAUCCAUCGCUAUAGAGCGGACACUUCGCACCGUCUUUAACUGUUUCAUCGUGAACCUCGCCGUGGGGGACUUGUUGGUGGGGGCGGUAGUUGUGCCGCUGUUCACCGUGUAUAAGUACCUGGGCUACUGGCCGUUGGACAAGAUAGCGUGCGUGUUCUGGCUGGCGAUAGACUACGUCACGUGUAACGUGUCUCUCCUGACGCUGUGCAUGAUCUCCUUCGAUAGAUGUCUGGGGAUACGCUCACCGCUCAGGUACGUGAAAGCCCGUUCCAGCCGCCGCCGUGCCGUGGUGUGCGCUAACGUGGCGGUGUGGCUGGUGGUGGCGGCGUUCUGGGUCCCCGGCGUCCCGCUAACCUACAUCGCCGACCCGGCCAUGUGCGAGCAGGACAUGGUCACCCACCGGACCUACGACAUCAUCACCGCCGUCCUCUGCUACUACCUGCCGUCCUGCUUCCUGGUCGUCUGCCAGGUCCUCAUGUUGAUCAGGUUAAAGGGAAACGUGAAGAAGAAGGCGUUUCUGACUGCCAGUCACCAUUCUCACAGCGGUAGCGCGAAACGGGCGGCGGGAAAAAGAAAACGGGCGGAGUCGGAGAGUUCCGUACAGAGCACGACAGGCUGCGACUUUUCUCCCGCGCCAGUGAGAAAGAACCCCCGCACAGCAGCUUGUACCGUGAUCGCAAACCCAAGCAGUUCUCCACAAAACUCAGCAGGAUAUCUUCCAGAAGUCUCCCCACCCGUGUCGGAUCAUUCAAGUCGAUUUCGAAGAGGUACGAGCUCUGGCAGCUCCCCUCUAGCGGUAAGACUUGGUAUUACAGCUGUCAUGAAAGCCGCGGAGGAGCAGACCGGCGUUCCUCCCAUCCGACCGCGAGGCAUCACCUUCCCUCUGGACGACAUCGAAAAACCCUGCAUUCGCGCCACUCGUAGUCUAGGCGACGAAAACCUCACUGAUAACAAAACAAAAGUGAGGAAAACGAACAGUUUGAGCGAGCUGAUUUCGUCGAUCACAAAGAGUGCCGCCAGCACGACCCAUACCCGUCACGCAGACGGGAUGUGCCGGCGGGAGCGGGCGGCGAUCCGGACGGUGAUCAUCAUCACGGUGGUCUGCCUCAUCUCCUGGCUGCCCUGGUACGUCGUCUACAUGUUCCUCGCGUUCGACCCCGAGGGCGUCCCGCCGGCCGUGUACGAUACUGCCUCCUGGAUGGCGUACGGGAACUCCGCCGUCAACCCCAUCCUGUACGGCUACCUGAACAAGGACUUUAGAGAAGUGUUCAAGAGGAUUGUGAGGAUGGGGAAGGCGGGAGACCGGUUCAGUCCGGCGGGGACGCCAAACCUGUCUCCCACGGGCACGCCGAGAAGUGGAAGAGGGUAUAAUUGUGCCCUCUGGAAGGAAAGUCUCAGUGGGAUUGGCGGGAGUCAAGUAUGUAAUCCGGCAGUUCAAGUGGCGGUUCUACAGCCCGAAAUCACCGCUUGUGUCAGCACUCCAACCCGGGACGCCUCCAGGGCUGCCCGGCAACACCAGUACCAGUCCCGCCACCUACACCACAUAACACCCGCCGACAUGAACUUGAUCCGCGGGCGCGGCAGGACCUGGCUGUGGACCGUCGUCUGGAGCCUGAGUCUCUCGGCGGCGCUGGCCAUCCCCUCCCGCCUACCCAGGCCAUGUACAAACCUCCAGCCGAUAGACCUGCUCGCCAGGGCGCUGGAGUACCAGAGAUACCUGCCCAGCGGUACGGACAUCACCAUCGACCGGGCCCACAGAAUACACGCCAUCUCCUUCUCCCCCGACACCGGGACCUUACAGGGCGUCAACUUCCCCUCCAACAGGGUGUUUCUAAACUGUGAAUACUUCCCGGAGGAGUUUUCCAUCCUUGUCACACUGAAGGCAAGACUGAACAUGAAGGGGAACCAGUAUAUCCUAUCUCUUGUGCAGGAAAGAGUGCACAAUAUUAGGCUAGCCAUAAGGAUUACGAGAUUCAAAGUGUUCUUCGACUAUAGCAGUUCGGGCGGACACGUCGUGAAAAAGUCGUCGCCUUCAUUUGCUACGGAGAUUGCCGACGGCGAGUGGCACACGUUCGUCAUCACGGUGACCGGAAAUGACGUAGGCCUGACGGUGGACUGCAGGCCGCCGUACUUUACGUACUUGGACAGAACAUUUCCGGCGUACUUGGACACCACCGGGACAAAAUUCCACAUCGGAAACAAGAGAAGAAGAAAGGAACAAUUCACGGGACAACUGCACCAGUUGGUACUACUUCCCGGCGCGGAUGCCUCCACCAUGGUGUGUCCUUCGCUCAACCCCCAGCUGGCGCGGAUGGAUUUACCGUCCCCCUUCCCGAAAGACCUGGUGCCGCAACACAACAACGCACCCGACCACCAAUCAGACGCCCAUAUGAAAGUAGAGAUGGGGGACGACUCCGUCUGCACGAAUGGUGACGUCGGCAGGAUGUGGUUCGACACCAAGUCGGGAAGCAUGAAGCUCUGCGACGGGCUGGGAUGGAUCGCCGUGGCCGACGCCGGGAACUCGCGGAUCGACUACUUGGACGUGCACCAAGACGUCUACACUCCCGCCAACACCAUCGACAUCGAGACCUUCUACAUCGAAGGGGAGGGGCUCUUCAUGGCAACAGCCAAUCACGACGCGCGCCUGGACAAGGAGCUGGAGUCCAGUAUUUUCAAAUGGACCAAUGGGGAGUUCGUGGUUCAUCAGAACAUCAAGACGUACGGCGCGCAGGAGUGGGAACAUUUCGUCAUCGACGGACAGACUUUCCUGGCCGUGGCUAACUACGGCGGCACGAGCGGCAUGGAGACCAACUCUCGGGUUUACCGCUGGGAGCCCAAGCUGAAGCGGUUCGCCCUGCACCAGGAGAUGGUCACGUUUAACGCACGGGACUGGGAGGCCUUCGAGAUAGACGGAGAACACUACCUGGUGGUCGCCAACCAUGCAAGAGGACUGGACCACAAUAUCGAGUCGGUGAUUUUCCACUGGGAGCGAGCUGGGGACUACUUUGUGCCGUACCAGACCAUCCCGACCAAGGCGGCUUACGACUGGGAGGCCUUCACCAUCGGACCGUAUCACUUCCUGGCCGUGGCGAACGCCUACAACGGCGUGUCCACCAAAGUGGACUCCGUCAUCUACGUGUGGCAGUACGGCCGCUUUCUCCCGCUGCAGUUUGUGGAGACCAUGGGUUGUACGGACUGGGAGUACAUGAACAUCGGGAAGGAGCAUUUCCUCGUGGCGGCAAACGCCUUCAACCACGGGCCUCACGCCCUGGACAGCUCCUAUAGAUACAGCAUCAACUCCACCAUCUACAAGCUUAACGUGCAGAAACAGCGGUUUGAAGAGUUCCAGAAUAUCCUAACUCACAGCGCCACGGAUUGGGAGUCGUUCCGGGUUGGGAGGGAUAACUACCUGGUGGUCGCCAACUCGUACGACGACGGCGAAAGCAACGACGUCGACAGCGUCGUGUACAGAUGGCAGGGAGUGGAGAAGUUCAAGCCUGUCCACAACAUCCCCACCACCAGCUGCGCCGACUGGGAGUUCUUCCAGAUGCACGGAGAGUCCUUCCUGGUCUACGCCAACGCCAAGGGAAGGGUCUCAAAAGUCCUCAGGAUACGGACUUACUGAAACAACUGUAUAUUUAGCAUAAUCGUACCUUGAUUCGAAACAAAGUGCAUCUGCGUGAAGUGUGCCUGCGAGCACCAUAUAUAUUUUGGAGUCUUCGUCGAUGUGACACUGUCCACUAGAGACUGGCUGCGACCGCUGAGAUUUCAUAAAUCACUAAACGGAUGUUAUAGAGAGAACGAACAGUUUUUUUAACGUUUUGUAUGGUUUGCUACACAAAUAUAAUUUGGGUCUAUUCCCACAUUGUACAUACGCAUACGGGCGCUCACCCUCUGGCAGAAAGAGAGCCUAGGCUUGCACUAGAAAGGGAAACCAUUCUACUCUGAGAACAACUUGUCAGCGAAAGAAAAUACAACCCUGGAUGCAUAGUUGAGAUUCAUAAGGGUAGAGAUUGUGAUUUUAUUAACUUAAUAGCUCGUGUUUCGCUUAUUUUAAAUAAUGAUUGUAUGUCGAUAUGUGCUGUGAUGUGGUUGUUCUAUCUAUACGCCUUGUAUGAUGUAUAUGUAUAUAUUUAGCGCCAAUUUCAGCGUAUAUAUAGUGUUGAGAGAACUUAACUAUAACUUAUUGUUGAUCUGUCCUGAAUCUAACGUUAAUUAUCUUGUAAAUAAUUGAAAUUGUUAUUCUGCUGCAAACUGGCACGAGUGAAAAUGGAACAUAAUUCUAUCUGGUGAAAAUACUUUUUAAAAGAGUUGUGGAUUUCAAGUAGUGAUUCUAAUUUAGUAUAGGGAAUCUUCGUAUUAUAAAUGAUAUAUGAUUUUCUACCCUGUUUUAUUUCCUGUCCACAUCUGUUAUCAUAAGUAUUGACACUAUUGAUAUGAAUAAGUUUUCUUAGACGAUGAACAUCAUUCUCUGAUAUGCUCAUCCGAAUAUACAAAUGUACAAU